CCAGGUUCUCAUCCACUUGUUCCGUGCCCCAAAAACGCCUCCAAAAUGGAGUCAGUCUAUCCAAUUAUGACUCCUUUUGCCGCGUGAGCGUGACCGAUGCGGCCUACCACUUAUCCUUCCCGAGCUUUCGUGCUGGGUGGCGAUGGAGUGGGACAGACUGGCCUGGCUCACCUUUGUCAUGAUUCGCUGAUGGGCGCUGAUUGGCCCUCAUCGAAGGCCAAAAGAGUCCAUGGUGACGGACCUGCUCUUCUCCUGGAAGAUCCUUUGGGGCGGGGUCCGUCCAUCGAGUUGACUUUUGUGGAGGUGCCGUAUUGGUGGCUCGAAGCGGAUCUGAAGACUUGCGUGCAGAGUCGCGGAGCUUCCGUUCGCAACGAUUGCGGCAUUCUGCUGGUGGACGUCAGCAAUCCCGACAGCUUCAAAGCUGCUCUGACACGGAGCAAAUGGGCGAUGUCUGCGGGUUUGCAGUGCCAAAUCGUCUUGAGCUUUUGGGGUCCCUGUGGUGAAGGAACGACGCGGCCACGUGCCGUUCAAGCUGAGAGUCUAGAAUGGCUUGCGGAUGAAGUGAGUGUGGUCAAGCCUGGACACUUCGACUGUACCCACCAUGGAUCUGCAAGCUUUCAAGUGGAGUUGUUUCUGAAGGUGCUGACGCUACGACUUUUGUGGCUGAAUCUGGAGUCUGUUGAGGGCCUGGCAAAGAUUUCAGGCAUGUGCACUCCGACCACGCCAUCUAGAUCAUCCAGACUCUGGACUGGUCCUGCCCUGAGCUCCCGUGCCAGCUACUCUGCUCCCAGUGCUCCAGCUACAUCUGCUCCCGGUGCUCCAGCUACACGUCAGCCGAGCCGCAGUCCAGGGCCACCAAGAUGUGCCAACAUCCUGCCCGCGCGCUACCGACCUGGUGCUUUUACCCCGGAACCACCUCCCCGGGGUCGAACCUGCUGGGGCGAAGGAAGGAGCUGGUCACCUCGUCCAGCACCGACCCUCCACCCGCGACCGAGCCAGCGCCCACCGCGCACCGAGCCAAGCCCGCGCCCACGAAGCCCGCGCACCGAGCGGAGCCCGUGGAGCGCGGGGUCGAGGUCGGGGUCCCGACCGCGGCCGAGCGGUCUGACGCCGAGCGGCACGGCAGCGGAAGCGGCGCCGGCCGAGGUGCACGUGCGGUUGGAGGUGAGUCCGGCCAGACUUGCAGCUGCCGAGGCCAAGCGCAUUGCAGAGGCACCUCAUCGACCGAAGAGAUCGGGAGAGGUGGAAGCAGAGAUGGUCAACCAGAGCACUGCGAGGAUGGAAGAGACGUCCAGGGAGUGCAUGAGGAAAUCCAGCACAGGCUUGUUUAAGGUAGACCUUGAUCUUGGAGGGGGUGUUGUUGCCCCAAUCACCGUGCAUGAAGAGACGGACUUGCAGGCAGCAUCUGCGGAAGUGGUGCAGAAGCAUGGCCUGAGCAAGCUGGAGGGGAACCGCAUUACCAAGUACUUGCAGAGACUGCGAGAGGAAGUGCAGCCCAAAAAAGCUGAAACCACGGUCUCAACCAGAAGACGUGUUGUUCCGAGACAGGGCCAUGGAGAUUCUUCAAUAUUCUUUACACUCUUCUUAUCC